AUGACAAAUUCUGCUAAUACUAUUACCAUAGAAGAUCAAAUACGAACAAUAGAUAAAGUAUUAAAGGAAGUGAAACGUUAUCGAGAUUUUUUGGUUUAUGAAAAGACUCGAAGAGAUCCGGCAUUAUAUAAGACAGCGAAUAUUGAGCAGCCAAGUUGUUUUAACGAUUCUAUCUGUACAACAAUCAAUGCAUUAACAAAUCAGCUUGCACAGGAGUGGAUCGAAAAACUGAAAAACAUUCAUGCCACUAUUACUUCGGCGUCAAUGUCAGGAUCAAUAUUUGUAUCAAGAACGCAGAAUGAUCGAACGUGA